CCUCCACCAAAAGUAUCUCAGACAGGAUUUUAUUUAAACUACUGGUCAUGUACCUUCACUGGGUAACCUUUUCACUUGCAUUAGUCUGUUGGAUGUCUGCUGGUGGAGAAUAUUGCGGUACUGAUGAUUCUGGCUCAGCUUAUCGUGGACUUUUUAAUUUUCUUAGCUCGAGGGAAGACAAUUUGUUAAAUAACACGCGACCCUUAACUUCAGUUACAGUCACCAAAGUUUAUGUGGACUUGUAUGUGACCUCCAUAACAGAUGUGAAUGAAAAAGCUCAGAGCAUCUCAACACAAGUAAAAAUAUUCACUUUUUGGAAAACAAGAAGACAAUUGUGGGACCCUGCAGAUUAUUGUGAUAUUGAAACAAUUACAGUUCAAAAAGAUUUGCUUUGGACUCCAGACAUUGCCAUCGCAGAAAGCAUCGACACACAGUUUGGAUCAAAGGAGUCUCCAUAUGUGCAUUUAGUUUAUGAAGGCCUUCUAUACACAGUGGAUAUUUUAUCUGUGACCUCAGCCUGUAAGAUGGACUUGUACAGGUUUCCAUUUGACACACAAAUCUGCAAUUUAACACUUCAAUCUUUAGGCUAUACAGAUGAGGAGCUAAACUUUCAUGACCUCACUGAUUCAAAGUAUCUUACCUCUGAAUCUCAGCAAAACUUUCAGACCCAGGGAGAGUGGGAACUUCUCAACAUAAAUGCAUCAAUAGCUGAUUGCAGUACUAUGUGGUUUUCACAAAAUCGCAAAAUAUUUAAGAUCACCAUCAGGAGGAGACCUCUGCUGUACAUCAUCAACUUAAUUUUUCCAGUAUUUUGUUUUCUUGUUCUGGAUGUGGCCUCCUUCUUAAUAAAUGCAUCUGAAUCAGAGAAGCUGGGCUUUAAAGUGACUUUACUGCUGUCCAUAUCUGUGUUACUGCUGAUUCUUAAUGACAAGCUGCCAUCUACUGCCAGUCAAAUGCCACUGAUUGGGAUUUACUGCAUUGGGGUUUUCUCACUUAUUGGCAUAAGUAUUCUGGAGACCAUCUUUGUGAGUAUUCUGAUUGCUAUAGGAGAAGAGACCAAACCAGUAACACCAACAGAAAGUGGAGUAGAUGUAACUGUUCAACAUGAUGGCGUAAAAUACUUGCAUCUAGACACAGUUACUGGUAGAACUGAACAGAUGACGCCAGACAAGCUGAAGCAAAUCCUCAUGGAGUUUUGGGUUUUUACUCAACAACACCAAGAAAAAGUCUCAUCGUGCUGGACCUUAGCAGCAAGAAUUGUAAAUGUGAUAUUUACUGUUCUUUACAUAAUCACCGUUAUUGUGUUUCUGUCCUUUCUGGGCAAGGUUUGGUUUCAAUUUUAAUAUAAUGUUAUACACAGCAAAAAAUGGAGAGCUUCAGUGUAAAACGUUUGAGUUGAAUUCAACACCUAAAGAGUAAAUUGAACAUAUUUAGAGUAAAUUGUUAAGAGCUUAAGUAAAUUGAUUGCAACCACUUACCUUAAAAAAUUUAGUAAAUUGAAUGAAAACUUUUUUUCAGUGUAUGUUGAGCUAAAACUUCAUGCACUCUGGGGACACCAAAGAUUUAUUUUACACCUUAAAAAAAUCUCAUAAUGUGACCCCUUUAACACUUUUGUUUUGAACGUGCAUUUAACUCUGAUAAGUGUGGACUAUAAACUCUGAAAUAGUGUUGAAAUCAACUCUGUGAGAGUUCAUUUAACACUGGACUUUUUGCUGUGUA